AUGGUUGUCUCCAAGGUUGAUAUGUUCACGGAGAUCUAUCUAAACCAUGCAAAUGAAACUAUCAAGCGCAUGGUUGCAAAGAACGAGAUCCAUAGGAUCUCGAGAAAGAAAAUUGAGCUCCAGAUCUUGGAGGGAAUCGACAAUUCAGAGUUCCCUACUACUUUCCGGAUCAUCUUCUACUCGAUGGUCUUGCAUACCAACACAUUCGACAUCUACUGGUUUGGCCAGCAGUUCCUCCAUAGCCUGCCAGACUCAUCAAUCACCCAGUUGAAGCCCAAGAUGUCCCUCCUCCAUGAUCUCGAAGGCACUACUACCGUUGACUCCCUUACAUCCAUAUCCAGUGAGGAGUCCGAAGCCUCAGACGCUGCAGAAAGCGAAGAAGACCUUCCGAAUGAUAAUCCUGGCUGUGCUACAUCUGAUCCAACCACAGCCCCAUCUUUUUCAUCAAUUAACAAGGAGCUUGUUAACGUUGAGCCGACCGAUGUCGAGAGUCCUCAUCAUGAAGAGCCUUCCUUUCAUCCCUCUAGCCCACCUUCAUGCUCAACUUAUCCCACCCCCAAUACAACCCCUGUUCAGAAAAAGAGCCUCACCGUCGAUCACAUGGAUGAAACAGAAGACGAAGAUGACUGCGACUAUGCAGCGCAAGCAACAGAUUUUGUGGUGAAUGAUCCACUAGACGAUGAGGACUAUUUUGACUCAUCUUAUUCUGACGAUUCAGUGGUCACGGCAUUCGGUGUACAAAUCAGUGGUCCAAGACAAGUCCGUACACCAGCCAUCUUUACUGUCCCAAAGCCCGGUAUAUUAAAGUCAACAGGCCCUGCGAACAACAAUCGAGGUAGUGGUCCUAAGAAACAGACACCGACCCGCCCCAUUGGAGCGUCCAAAGCCAAGACAGGCGAAAAGAAAGGAACAAGUGACAAAACAGGCGCCGGUAUCAGCAAGGCGAAAAAGGGCAAAGGAGCUGGCCCGAAAGAGAAAGGAAACAAAAAGGCAAAAGAAGUUGAUCUAGCCUGA